AAUUUGAAAUUCCUCACCCACCUGCAAACAUGUUUUCCUUGUCUCUGAUGGUGGGCCUGGUCCCUGUCAUGUCCCUCUUUGGUUUGUUCUACUCUGCUGCAGUGGAUGAAAACUUUCCUCAGGGCUGCACGAGCAGCAACAAUUUGUGUUUCUACAGUCUGCUGCUACCCGUCACCAUCCCUGUCUACGUCUUCUUCCACCUGUGGAGCUGGAUGGGAAUCAAGCUCUUCAGGCACAAUUAAAUUUUGAUGUCAUGUUAAAUGAAGUUUCAAUCAGUGA